AUGGAUCCCUCCUGGAUCCCAAUAGAAAUAACGGAAGAGCAGAAAAGAGUCUUAGAAGCCUUCAAAAAGCAGGUGAAAACGACCGUUGCCCCUAAUUGUUAUGAAGGCUGUUCACUUGUUGAGCUGGAGCAACUGUUUGCGUAAGUUAUUUUGAUAUUUUUUCAGUUGUUUUUAGUCCAAAAAGUCAAAUUUUAUUCAUUAAAAAUAAUAUACUUUAUAAAUGAGCUUUUGAGCACAAUCUUUGAUUUUUCCGGAAGAGCCCCCUGAAAAUUGAAAUUGCAUUUUAUAAUAAAAUUUUUUAAGGGAAGAUUGGGGAUGUUCCUUGCGGGAUGUUUGUCGAAAAUGCGGCAUGGAGACUAUAGCGCAACUUCUCGCAAUGGCCCAUGAAGUAAUAUGCGUGGUGGUUUUACAGACUGGCGACGUCCGAAUCUACCCGACAACAAUCAGCGCAGAUGAGGCGAAAAUUAUGGAAAUGAUCAUCAUCUCCAACGAGUCCGGUUUAUUUUGUCCUUUUUGAGUCGUUUUGUCUUUAGGAAUGCCAUUGAGAAGAGAGCCCGGAGGGAGCGGUACGAUCGCAUCGACCGCAGAAAAUCUUUGGGACGGAGCAACGGAGAUUUACCCCUUACCCGAUCCAAAAGUUUGGCACCAAGAUCAAUGGGUCUCAGCGCACCGAACGCCAUUCCUGUUGGUGAAGCUUUUUCGAGUCAAAGAUCAAAUGAAGUUUCCUCUGUUACAUCUUCACAAAAUGGAAUUGAGAAAUCUGUUCUAAGAGUCAUGAAUAUGAUCUCAGAAAAGGCCGAACCAAGCAAUGAUAGGAAUGGUAGGAAAAUAACGAUUUUUUUAUCUGACGAUUAUAGAAACUUCUCAUCCAACACCGAAGAAGGUCGACGUUAUGGGCAGGCUGGACUCUCCGGCUAAAAAUGGUGUUAUUCAUGGAGACCAGAUUGUUCAGGAAGAAAGUAAUGUUGGAAAUGAAAAGCCCGAGAUCGCCGUUGAGCCUUUGCCAACCAAAAAGAUCGACGAAACUCAAGUGAGGUCUGAAGAGAGUACAUCAGAUGCCGGAGCCGCCAAUUCUGAAGGCCUUGAUGCUAGUCAUUCAGAAUCGCCUCCAGUAGCCGAAAAAGCCGUCGAGGAGGCAUCCGUUAACAGCAAUAAGUCUUGGAAUGUCAGCGAUUUAUGGAGUAGACUAGACACACUUACCGUUCAAAGGUAGGGCUUUUAUUUUGGAAGCUUCAAAGUCGCCGAAAAUGGUCUAGAAGAUUUUAUUUUUUUAGGCGGAAGUCCGAUGGGGAUGCCCCUGAGACAAUAAUUCCGAAAGCCGACUUGAAUGAACGUCAUCUGCGCAUUCUACGACGAUAUGUAAGUGGAUUUACUAUCAUUUGUUUACAUUUUUGUCUUUUUCAGAGGUACCUCAAACAAUUUAUUCAUAUCCUCAAGUCACAUAAAAGUCUUGCUAUAGACGUCUUCAAAAACGACCUUCAAAAAUACUACGGAAUUCAGCUGAAUCAAGCAUUCGUAGGUUUCAUGUUUUUUAGUUAUGUUUGGUUUUUAGUUUUCUGAAAAUUUUGGCAUCGACACACCGAAUGUUCUGUACUCUCUGGAAUGCAUUCGCCCGAAAUUAAUGAUAUGCAAUUGGAAUCAUGAGGUCGCCCAGAUUUCGCUGGUUCCACAUGGUAUGUUUUUGAGUUCAUUUUUUAAUUUUUAGUUUAGCACAAGGUGAAAUAAAACCUAAUUUCAGCCGAAAGAUUGCUGGAAAUGGACUCCGAGUUGUUGGCCGAUGACUUUAAUCCAAUUCUGGAGAGAUUCCGGCGGACAGUGGAUUAUGAUAUAUGCGAGAAGAGUAUGGCCAACUCAACUCUGCCUUCUUGUUUCUUCGAUUCUAAUUUCGAUGUAUCCAGAAGUUCCAGAAGCCAGCCUGAUGCAUCGCAGGGCCGUAAAUCCCCGCCGUUGCCCUCAAGCCUUGUGGGUUAG